UACGGUCUCUGUCUUCAGAGGCUGAGCCUGUGACUUUGAGAUAAGGCCAUGCAAUAAUUUACAGAAGAGGAAACCAGGUCAAAUGGUACAACCGGCUGAAUGCCGUCCUGUCUCCUACAAGGACUUGGAACUUUGACUCAAAACCCAAAGGCAAGCAAGAAGCACAGCAAAUUGGGCGAAUGAUUUCUAUAGAGACACAGGGCAGAUCCCUGGGUGGCCGCACUGGCACCACCUCCCCACGGACCACCCCAAGUAAUUCCCCCUCCCUGCGGAAGCGCCUGCUGCAGUUGCCCCCACGGGCGCCUCCAGAAUUGCCCUCGGAGACCAUGGUGGAGAAGAGUUUGGAGAAUACUGCGGAGCGGACCCCUCCACCAGGGCCCCCUCCCAGUACCCCUCUGAACUACCCCCUCAGUGGACGCAGCUUCAUCCGUAACAACAAGAAAAUGCAGAGCUGGUACAGUAUGCUGAGCCCCACUUACAAGCAGCGCAAUGAGGAUUUCCGCAGGAUCUUCAAGGGGCUGCCCGAAGCUGAACGACUCCUUGUAGAUUAUUCGUGUGCAUUGCAGCGUGACAUCUUGCUCCAAGGACGACUCUACCUGUCGGAAAACUGGAUCUGCUUUUACAGCAACAUCUUCCGCUGGGAGACCACGAUUUCUAUUCAGCUCAAGGACGUGAAAUGCAUCAAGAAGGAGAAGACAGCCAAGCUGAUCCCCAACGCCAUUCAGAUUUGCACGGAGACUGAAAAGCAUUUCUUCACCUCGUUUGGUGCCCGUGAUCGUUGCUUUAUGCUGAUCUUUCGCCUCUGGCAGAAUGCACUCCUAGAAAAGCAAUUGUCCCCUCGAGAGCUCUGGCACAUCGUUCACCAGUGCUACGGCUCUGAACUUGGUCUCACCAGUGAGGAUGAUGAUUAUGUCUCUCCGGUCGAUGAAAUCAAUGGUUUGGGGACCAGCAAAGAGAUUGGCGAUGUCAUCGACUUGAGUGACUUGACUUCCCGUUGCAGUGCAGACCUCAAGCUGGACACCAGCCCCCUCCUGGACAAAAGGGAGGCCAGUCAGAGCAUCACCUCACUGGCCAGCAGCAGCGAUGGAACCACCUCACUGGCAGAGGACCCGGAGGAGAACACAGACAGCCAGGUGGAUGCCUCAUCCAGCCACACCGUGACCUCAGCUACGGAGCCCCCCCAAGACAAUGUGCCCCGAGGGCCACCGCUAUCCCCCCUGGAGGGGGAACCACUCCCUAGCGAGGAGCUCCCCACUGACAUGAGCAAUUCCUCCUCCUCGACCCAGGACGAAGGUGAGGGAAGCCCCGAUCCUGCUCUCACCGUGCCGUCUCCUCCCCUUCCAAACCUUGGACUCGAGCCUAGACCGCUUGCCGCUCAACCACCUGUCUUUCCUCCUUCUCCUCAAGCCGAGGUGGACACCUUCUUUUCCGACCUGCCGGGGCGGCUGCUCAUUAACGCCGUUUUCCAUGUUGGAGCUGAGAGGCUUCAGCAAAUGCUCUUCAGUGAUUCCCAGUUCAUACACAGUUUUUUGGACCAGCGUAAGUUCACAGAUGUGGCACUGACGUCAUGGACUGGAGACAACAAGUGCCACCAAAGCCGUGUCAUUUCCUACACCAUCCCUGUCAACAACCCGCUGGGGCCCAAGGUUGCAGCUGUGGUUGAGACCCAGACUCUGUUCCGUGCCAGUUCCAAGAGUGGGGCCUGUGUGGUCGACUCAGAAGUGAUCACACAAGGCAUCCCGUACCAGGACUACUUCUACACAGCCCAUCGAUAUUGCAUCACUGGGGUGGCCAAGAACAAGGCCCAGCUCAGAGUCUCCUCUGAGAUCCGGUAUCGGAAGCAACCGUGGAACAUAGUGAAGACGCUAAUUGAGAAAAAUGCGUGGAGUGGGGUUGAAGAGUACUUCAAGCACUUGGAACUGGCGCUGGAGCAAGCUGAAAAGACCCUGCUGGAGGAGAACUGCCAUGGUAAAGAAACGCGGGGCCUCUUGGCCGGACUACGCCGCAGGAAACGGACCCUGAGCUGGAGAGCACCCCACGUUGAGCCCCCAAUUCCUACGUUACCCGAUGGCGAGGGGACGAGCCGCACCCUUCGCCCCUCAGGCAGCCUUUCCACACGGCUUUCGGAACAGCUGUUGGAGAAAGGGCACAGCCAGACGGUCUCCACGGUGAUCCUCAUCAUCAGCCUGGUGAUCUGUGUGAGCCUGGUGGUUCUGGUCAUCCUCAACAUGAUGCUGUUCUACCGGCUCUGGUCUUUGGAGCACACAGCCCGAACCUUUGAAUCUUGGCAGGCCUAUGCACUCUCAAACGGAAAGCUACCACAGACAGCAUCUGAAUGGGCCGAGAUUCUGGAGCUGCAGAAGCGGUUCCACAGCGUGGAAGUGCAGAAGUGGAAGCAGAUCCUCAAGGCCUCUGUUGAGCUUCUGGAUGAGAUGAAGAUCUCUCUGGAGAAGCUGUACCAGGGCAUCACGGUCGCUGAGCCCUCUUUGGAGCCAGAAUGAAACCAUGAGGACUCCCUCUCUUGAAGACAUUGCUGAAGACAUUGUGGGAGAAGGUUCCGGAUCCCGCCUCAGAAACUGCUGCUGGCUCAGUGGCACCCAGACCUGAUGGGUGGGGGCGGGGGGAAACACCCCACUCCUCGCCAGUCGACACCCCCCCGGGACCUAAUCCUCAAGAGUGCCACUGACAGCAAUGAAUUUUCCUCCCCUGCUUCAGAGACCCUUUCAGCCUGGAGCAUCCUUCUCCCCCCUCUCUCUUUUUUUCCUCCAAGGGUCUCUUCAGUGACUUCAGUUGACCCUCCCUGACCCCUUUUUAUGUGCUAUUUAUAUUCCCCAGGGGACCCCAGAGAGCUUUCCGACUUUUGCUAUCCCGGCAUCCUCUCUCCUUGACAACGAUUGUGUUUCUUGCUGAUGUAGGAUCUGGACAGGUCUAAAGAACGGACUCUGCCCAGCUCCCUUGAUGCCUCCUUUGGUGCCCUCACCUUCAAUCCCAUGUUCCUCUUCUUUAGUGGACCUAAUUUUUUCAAAAAGGGAUUUUUCUCAACGGCAUUACCUCUAACAGAAGGGGAAGGGAGCGGGCAGGGACUUUGCGGCCACAUUUUCACACAGAGAAAUGGGAGAGCAAGGCCGAGUUUCUUGUGUCAUGUAGGUUCCUGCCUAGGACAGAGGUGGGGAACCGUCUCCAUCCAGAUGUUUUGGAUUUCAACUCCCAGAAGACCCAGCCAGCUCAGCCAACAGUCAGGGAUUCAGGGAGAGGGAAAUCCAAAAUAUCUGUGUCUGCUCUCAGUGAUGCGGGACUGGUUUUCCCAUCAUCCGUUGCCAGUGGCCAGGUUGGGCAGGAUGAUGAAAAUUUGUGUCCAGCCACCUUUAGAAAGCUGCACAUUCCCCAGUCCUGGAUUAGUGAAUGUUUGAGAAUGGGAUCCAAUGGUGAUUGGACUGUCCUUUUAAGGUAGAGCCUGCAGUUCUCAGAAAGCUGUAUUUCCAUGAGAAGGGAGCCGUGAGCCUUCAUUUGUCCCAGUGUACAAAGAAAAGCACCCAGUUCUGCCCCCCCCCCUUGCUGUUGGUUUAGCAUAAAAGCAUUGGCCUGUUUAGGGAAAGAAGAUGCCCAGAAGCCCUUCGACUGCAGAAUGAGGACUCCAGGGUUUAAAUUGUUCCCUUCCUUCCAAACAUCUGGGCCCUUUUAAAAAUCUGAUUUUUUUUCAAUGCCUGUCUCCCGGGCAACAGAUGCGCCUUCCUUUCCCUGGAGAAGUCACUUUAAAGUUAGGUUUCACUGCCAGUCUGGGCCUGUGAGCCCUUCAGAUACUGCCUAUGGGGAGGUUGAAGCCUGCCCCCUCCUGAGGAGGGGUGUGUGUGUGUCCGCCAGCGCAAGAGUCUCUGCCCAGAGAGCUCUGGAGGCCCAGGUUUCUGACCCCCCCCUCGUUUUCUCCCUCUUCUCCCCCCUCCCCUGCCCAGCCUCUGAGGCUGGUCUGAGGAGGACCUCCCCAGUUUUGUAGCUGUGUUCAGUGUUAAUGAUCCUGCGUGUUCGAGGUUCCACAAAAGUGCUGGAGCAUAUUUAUUAUGGAGCGGAAUAAAGACCGUGGAUCGGACGGCAA